CAUUUGGUGGAAAAUAGAGCAAAAUGGCUCUUUGGAUAGUAAAGGUUGCCGACCCCUGGUUUAGGUGAGCGUCAUCCAAAUCAUGUUUGGAAUUGUUCAGCAGGUACAGCAGCUGGUAUUGUACAGUAUUUUACUGUGUACUUAUCUGGGAACUUACAUAGUACAGUCUAUCAUAGUUUAGUAUCAAUAUUAUCAAUGUACUAAUACACAAUGUAGUGUAUCAUAAUAUACUGUAGUAUGUCAUGGAGGUGUGAUUUGUUAUUGUGUAGUAUACUGUACAAGAUGUGUCUGAGUUGUAAGUGCAUAUAUCAUGUUCUGAUGGGCCCAUUGUGACGACCCUCUGCAUUAGCACCGUUAGCUGCUACCGGUACAGUAGCAGCUCUGUACCGGCUAUGAGAAAAUAUGGGCACAUCGUGCAACAGAGGCUAGUGGAAGAGAAGCUAACAUUAAGGAGGAAGUAGUCACUGUAUUUAUGCCAAAGUACAAGCCUUACAGAGCCGCUAGCAUGGCUGUGGAGUCUAUGUCGAUGCACUUUGGAUGCUAUUACUGUAUUGUGACAGUCUUUUUCUUUUCCCUCUCAGUGGAUUGAGCCAAUCUUCCAGAGAUCAGAAAACUCCUUCUCUAGUAUGGGCAUCACUAUGAGAGUGGAGCUCCUGGUGGGACUGGUGGCGCCAACCCAUUUCCUCUGGCUCCUCCUCUUCUUCUUCAGUCACUCCUACCUAAACUUCUGCGCAGAACUGAUGCGCUUUGGUGAUCGCCAUUUUUAUGGAGACUGGUGGAAUGCUACGACUCUGGUCACUUUGUGGAAGAACUGGAUUAUUCCCUUUCAGAAAUGGUGUCACAGGCAUGUAUACACUUGGCUGGUGGAAAAGAAUGUGCCCCCAUCACGAGCAGAGUUACUGGUCUUCCUGAUGUCAGCUGCUCUGUUUGAGUAUAUGAUUGCUCUGCCCCUGCACAGCUGUCGUCUGUGGAUCUUCCUCGUAAUGCUGUUUGAGGUGAGGAUAUCACACCAGUGGCAGCUGGUGUGAUAAUUUACCUGGAUGGGGCAAUGUUGUCAUCUAGCUUUGACCGCAACUUGACUGUUUCAUUUACUCAACCGUUGAUUCAUAAAAGCAAACACACACCAUCCAACAGCUCAGCAUAGAUACUUCUUCCAACUGUCUCUUUUCCAACUAAACUGAGUGAUCCACAAGAAAAGACCUGGGACUUUUAAAAAGAAAUAAUGAAAACCUAAAAAUUGAUAUUUUUAUGAUAACAAUGUAUCAAAUGACAAUGUGAAAACACUGUGUUAAUGCUCCUCUCGGCUUUAUGGAGCUUUAUAGUGACUUUCAGCUCAUUGUUUAGCUGUCCGGCUGCAAAUGCACUGUUUUGCUUCAUUCUUGUUGGUCUCAUAGUAUCAGCAGAUAGCUGUUUUCAGAGAAAAGGCUCCACUAAACCCACUGUACCUGCUCAGCAGCACGCAGCAGACAGAUACAGUUGGAGACUAGCUGGUGAACUAUUGGAGCAUUUAGCAGCUAAAGAGAAAGAUAUAUCCCUAAGUUGCAGACCAAAGAAGACCUAAUAGGAGAGUGAAUAUUCAUGGACAUAUUACUCGACAGGUCUACUGGGCAAUGCGAUUGAGUGGCAAAAGGCCAACUAGGAAGAGACUCAAAAUGACCACAAAGAAACAUAAAACGACUCCAAAAAGACACAAAGCAGCCAUAACAAGCCCUGCACAUGUUCCCUCUAUUGGCUCACCACUGUAUCGCACAGUAUUUCAUAUGAAAGUUUACAAAUAUUUACCUUGUUGGGAAGAAGUAUCUUCAGAUCUGAGGAGAUUAAAUACUAAAAGCAGGGUUUCCCCAUAUCUUUUAUGGCAAGAGCCAAAGAACCUAACGUGUCAUGCUAGUCAGUUGACCUUCUUUAUGAGAAGUGGUGAAUCAUUUGCAAAGUGCACAACAUGAUCACAGAAAUCACACUCCAUCAGACCCAAGGUCUGCACUGAUCUGUUACUUGUACAGUCGCAAUAAUGAAAGUAAAGCCGUUAAUGCACUUGGACUGCCUGGAAGAUUUACAGUAUGUGUCCACAAGUAAUCAUAGUGGGAGGAGCAUGCCAUGUCUUUUUAACUGGGUAGAACCUCAAUCCUCAAUUUUUCUUUAGAAGAAUCCUUUUUUUGAAAAAAGUUUUUUUCACAGGGUUAUUUGUAAGACUAAGAGUUCCAUCAAGAAUCAUUUUCAACCAAAGAACCCCUCUAGGCAGAAAGAGUUCUUAGAGGAUUGUUGAAAGCAUGGGGGUCAAAAGGUCCUCCCGGCCCACACCCCCCAAAAACUGUUAUGUGAACCAUGAUUGUUGUUGGUUGCACUGCACCAUAUCAGCCCUGACCCUAUAGAAACCUCAUGAUGCCUAAGGCUGCUAGAAGAUGCUCCCAUGGACCCAGGCUAACCUGUGGUUAGAGUGGAGAAAGAUCUAUGGGAUAUAAAAAGGAAUAUACAAGGGGUCGUGGUAGAAACCAAUUGGUACGUUGUAGAUGAACCCUAUGGAAUAUAAAACGAUUCUCUGUAGAAACCCCUGGGUGAGUUCCAGAUGCUUCCGUCACCAUAGUCAUCAGUCAUCGUCCUCACCACUGACAUCGGACCACAGGCUUCCCAGCGCAGUUUUCAUUCAGCCUCAGUGAUGAAGUGUCUGAAAGAAAUUCUGACCUAUUGCACUGUAUUUACAAGUAGACCAUGAGGAUACCGCUGUGAUCCAAAGUUCAGUGAACACUCCCUAUGUCUGUCCAAGGAUAUAUUUGAAUGUCCGAAAAGCCUUUUGGAGUUAUAAUCCACAACCUCUACCCAGCUCAGCAAUAUACUGUAGAUAUGAUCUAGACUCAUAAAUGGACAUAACUGGAAAAGAGCACUGAUUUGUAACUUGUGCUGUUACUGUAUACUUCCACAUCUGACAAAUGUUAAUGCAAUAAACAGAUUCAGUAUUUCUUUGCCUAAAUUUUGUACGUCAGGGGCUUGUUGAAUGUAACUGAAAAAUUAACUGCAGCAAUAAAGGUCUGUGUGAUCAUUCCUGUUCAAAUGAUGUGAGUCAGCAGCACAGAAGAUAAGGUUGCUGCUUACACUGAUGUGUCAACAAGUGGUUAAGGGGCCCUAGUCCAUCUGAAGUUACGGUAAGUUUCAUGGACACAAUCCAACCAGGAAAUACAUGGAAUAAUUGUACCUCAAUGAGUCCAAGGGUGGAUUGAUUUAAAGCACAGCUACCAGCCAAGUAAAGUUUGUAUAAUCCUUAAUGAGAAUUUGUCAUAGUUCCUCUUGCAUAUAGUAUACACUGAGAUCAGGGCUAGACCAAGAACUGAACCAAAAGUUGUCUAACCUCAUGGUCAGAAUGAAAAGCUUCACUUCUGUCCUGGAUCCCAUCCCACCCAAUCUUGGAUUGUCUCCCAGCUAUCUCCUCACUCAUCACAUAAAUCAUGAACUCCUCCUUCAACUCUGGUUCAGUCCCCCAAACACUCAAACUGGCUGCUGUCACCCCACCCUCAAAAUACCUGGACCCAACCCUGAUACCAUUAGCUACCAGCCCAUCUCAAAUCUCCCGU